GAGAAAUUGAACGAAAGAAGGGAGUUGGUUGACUGAAGCACUUUCUUUGGUCUUUGCCCAUCUUGUCUUUACUACAACAAAUUUGGGUCAAACGUUAACUUUCAGUUAAGUGAUUUGUAUGUGUGAAUGUCGUGCUGACACUUACUUAUUCAGCUAUGCACUUUCGUAUGCGUCUGAGGAUUGCCGUCAUUGGUAGGUUGUCCAUAUUUUGUUUCCUAUUUCCAUUAACUUCGCAACAGUAUGGCAGGGACUAUUACAGGCAACACUUACCUGUAAGUCCUCAGCAAAGGUAUUACCAGGAGUCAUAUCAAAGAAGCCCAUUUAUAUCGUAUAACCAACACCCCUCACACUAUUAUCAUUACCAAGAAAGGGAUAUAAAACGAAAUUAUCAAUAUCCAAAUAUCGACGGGCAGUACCGAAGGAAUGAUGGUUUGGAUUCUAGUAGACAUUUCAACCCGGAAACUGUAUAUAAAAUAACAGAAACGCUAGGAGCUUUAAAUACAGUUGGUAGAUAUUUGGUAAAUAUGACCAGAGGUGGUGGGGAAAAUCCUAAUAGUCUUUCACCAGAAGUACCAAGUGCGCUGUACACAAUCAGUAAGAAUGUCUUAGGCCCAGACGCCACAGAUACUAUAGCACCAUUUGUAAGAGAAGCACUUCCAGUAGUUAUUGAUAAAGAAAAAGAAAAAAACGAGCAUAAUGUAAGCAAAAAGGAAGUGAAAACAGCUGAUAAUAAGAAUGAUAAAGUUGAUAAUAAUGAUGAUCCAAGGGUGUGCACUACUCCAGAAGGUCCAGAAGGGUUUUGCGAAGACUUAAGCAGCUGUCCACAAUUGCUACUAAACCUAGGAAACUUGAGACAAUCUCUGUGUUUUAAAAGUCUUUUCGAACCAGGUGUAUGUUGUCCCAAGACUACACCUUCAACCAUCUUACUUUCAUCCAGUACUACUAGUACAACAACAAGUACUACUCCAAGACCAGUUACUUUUGCCGCUAUUUAUUAUAAUACAGAGAAACCUCAGACACAACAGUUAUCUCCAGUAUCAACAAUUACGCAUUUAACCAACAAUUCAAUAUCAAUUAAUAACUUUGUUUCUGAAGAAUGUGGACAGCCAGAAUCCGCUAAUUUCAGAGUUGUCGGGGGUGAAGAAGCCGCACCUGGUAGUUGGCCAUGGAUGGCAGCCAUAUUUCUGCAUGGUCCUCGUAGAAGUGAAUUUUGGUGUGGAGGAUCUUUAAUUACUGCUUCUCAUAUACUUACUGCUGCCCAUUGUACGAGGGAUUCAAGACAAAGACCGUUCGCAGCACGUCAGUUCAGUGUAAGACUAGGAGAUGUAGAUUUUAGAAGAGAUGACGAACCAUCUAGCCCUGUUAAUUUUAAAGUAUCAGAAAUCAGAGCUCAUAAACAAUUUUCUCGAGUUGGUUUUUACAACGAUAUAGCCAUUUUAAAACUGGAUAAACCUGCAAGGAAAUCAAAAUAUAUCAUUCCUCUUUGUUUACCUCCACAACAGUUGAGAAAUGAAAAAUUUGCUGGCAAGAAAACAACUGUAGUUGGUUGGGGUACUACGUACUAUGGCGGAAAAGAAAGUACUGUACAGAGACAAGCGGUACUGCCCAUUUGGAGAAAUGAAGAUUGUAAUGACGCUUACUUUCAACCAAUUACUGCAAAUUUUAUUUGUGCAGGCUACUCUCAAGGUGGUACCGAUGCAUGUCAGGGAGACUCAGGUGGACCCCUUAUGAUUCAUUGGGAUACACGCUGGAUUCAAGUGGGAGUGGUGUCUUUUGGGAAUAAAUGCGGAGAACCUGGAUACCCUGGGGUUUACACCAGAGUUACGGAAUACUUGGAAUGGAUUAAAGAAAAUACAAGGACGUAGUAAAAAUGUUGAGAAAAUUUUUAUUUAUUUAUAUGCUCACGUUACCAGUGAUACAAAUGUAGUCAUUAACUUUAAGUUAAUUUUGUAUUUAGGUUAUACAUAAUAUAAAUGAUUAAGUCAUGAAUUUGUGAUAUAUGGAAUUCAAUAUAUAAAUAGGUUAAUUUAUAUAGUUUUAAGCUAUGCCAAGUUUGAGAGAUC